CUCCACCCGUGAAAAUUCAACCCACGUGACCCCACCAACCGGCCGCUCUCCAUUCCUCAUAUCGUCGCAAAAAAAAUCUCGACUGCUUCUUCUUUUCUUCUAUCGCAGCCUCAACACCGUCGACAACCAACCCGGUUUUUAUCACCCGCCAAAAAAAAUCAUACACAAUGGGUCGUCUUCACUCCAAGGGAAAGGGCAUUUCUGCCUCCGCUCUCCCCUACUCUCGCACUCCCCCCAGCUGGUUGAAGACCACUCCCGACCAGGUCGUUGACCAGAUCUGCAAGCUCGCCAAGAAGGGUGCUACCCCCUCUCAGAUCGGUGUUGUCCUCCGUGACAGCCACGGUGUUGCCCAGGUCAAGACCGUCACCGGUAACAAGAUCCUCCGUAUCCUCAAGUCCAACGGCCUUGCCCCCGAGCUCCCCGAGGAUCUGUACCACCUCAUCAAGAAGGCCGUCGCCGUCCGCAAGCACCUCGAGCGUAACCGCAAGGACAAGGACAGCAAGUUCCGUCUGAUUCUCAUCGAGUCCCGUAUCCACCGUCUGUCUCGCUACUACAAGUCCGUCGGUGUCCUGCCCCCUACCUGGCGGUACGAGUCCUCGACUGCUUCUACCAUGGUUGCGUAAAUUCGUUACUCUUUUUCUUGUUUCGAUGAAAAAGGGUGGUGGGUUGGAUGCGGCUGGUUAGAGAUGGUGGUUGAGUGGCUAUCUUUGUCCACUGAGGGGGUGUUUAUGCGACAUUGAUCGACUUGGUUUUGAUUAUGCUGGGCCCUGGAAGUAAUGGGUUUGGUUUGGUUGAAACCAAUCGUGUCGUGUUCUAAUUGAAUGGUUGUCUGUUCAAUUGGGCUCUCCUGGGCAAGGAUAGUUGAUCAAAAAAAAAAUAAAAAAUGAUUUACAUGACUUCAUAUCUCGUUCUUUAUGUAGCAGUAGAUGUAGAUCUGUAGUCAUGU